AUGAGUGACUCGCAGGGGCCUGACUCGCCGCCGCCGCCGGGCGCGCUCGUGCUCAUGUGCGGCCUGCCUGCGGCUGGCAAGUCGACACUGUCGGCAGCGCUUCUGCGGGACGGCGCCAAGGAGCUGCUGCCGCGGCUUGCGCCCUUCGGCGUCUCGGCGGUGCGGGUGUUCUGGCUGAGCUUCGACGACGUGCUCGGCAACCUGGCGGCGGCCUGCGGUCACACGGGCUACAGCCCGGAGCUGUGGCACCAGGCGCGCGAUAGCGUCCUGCGCUCGGUGCGGCACCACUUUGGCGUUGCGUGCGGCGACGGGCCGCCGCCGGCUCCCCUCGCGCAGCUCGGUGAGAGCGGCGGCGGCUCGGGCAGCAGCGGCGGUGCACCCGCCAGCGGCGGCGACAGCUUCGACGUCGUUCUGCUCGACGACAACAUGCACUACCGCUCGAUGCGGCGCGUGUAUCACCGCCUCGCCAGGGACGGCCGGCUCGGCUGCUGCACUCUCUGCCUGCCUCUGCCUCUUGCAGAGGCGCUGCGGCGGAACGCGGCGAGGCAAGAGUCCGCCCGGGUCGCGGAUGCGACGGUGAGCCACAUGGCCGAGGUGCUGCAGUGGCCCGACCCGGCGAGGCACCCGUGGGAGUGCAGCACCAUCUCCCUCCCCUCGGCCUCCUCCUCCGGCGCAGGCCCGCCAAACGGCGAGGAGGCCGAGGAGGCCCGCGCAGAGGCGGCGGCCGCGACCGCCGCGAGCGCGGCGCACGCGCUCGACCUACGCUUGCGCGCCGCCGUGUCGCUGCACCUGCAGUCCGAGGACACGCGCCGGCGCCCUGCGGCGGAGCGGGCGGCGCUAGCGCGGGCGAUGAGCUGCCGGAAGAAGGAGCUGCUGGAGAGGGCGAAGGCGGAGGCGGACCAGGGAGGAGGGGGGACGCCGGAGGCGCGCGAGGCCGUGGCGGACGCCCUCGACGCAGAGUUCACGGCCAUCUUCCGGACGGGGGGCGCGGGCCGACAUCCGCCGGCCGCGGUAACGAGAACAUGA